AUGACGGAACGCGACCCCUACGGUCUAAAGCCCGGCAAGCAAGGCAGAGCGGGAGGUCACAGCCACGGCAAAGGAAAGCUUGCGCAGCCCCCACGGCCCAUCAACUUCAGGCGGCGCUGGGACCAUGGAAAAGACCUCGACGAUCCAGUCUACCCAACAAUGAAGAUUCCAGCAGCUUUGAUGCCACUGUUCCCCCAGGACUGGCGAUCUGCUGGACGAGCUCUGCUUUGUUUGGGCAUGGCCAUGCUUGAGGGCAUCCGCUUGAGGUCCAAGGGCGCCACCCUGAAGUGGCAGAAGGCUGGCUACUGCAGCGCCCUGUGCCAAGAGCAGUGCGCGAAGUCCCCCAACCGCAUCUUCUGUGCCUGGAGGGUCCAAAACACCGUCCACGACCAUCACAAUCGCUUGGAUGGAGCUCUCUUGAGCUACAAGGGCGUGGUACACUACGAUGACCCCAAGAAGCCCAUCUACCGCAUCCUCAACCAGGUGGCCCUGAAAAACAGGUACAAGUCCGAGCGGAUGGUUUGGGACACAAGCCAGGCUGCGUACAUCUUUGCCGACCGCGAAGAAAUACAUCCAGGCUUUGGGAUCCGGCCAGACCGCGAUGAGUCCCACUACGCCCCCGACGAGGAGACCUAUGACUCUGACAGUGACUUAGAAGCAUCCUCGGCGGACGAGGACUCGGAUGGAGACGGCAUGGCCUAG